GUUGGUUAUUGUUAUUUUACAGAGAUCAUAAGAGUUUGAUUGAGGGUGUUCGGGGGAGGAGACAGAGAGAGAAAGUUAGUAUUUUAAGCUAGAAACCUAGGCGAUCAACGCGCUUUAAAAGACGCCGACCGACAGAGAGUGCAUGACCCCGCGUCUACGGUGCCUGGCCUCCGUGAUAGAUAUGCGCGGGAUGAUGUUCUCUAGCACCACAGUGGGCCGGGAUGACGUGACGGAGCAGGAGGGCAGCCCAUGCGCGGGGGCGCAAUGUCCAGUCUGGAUACACGAGCGGCGGGGGCGUCCGUGCAGCCUCCCCUGUCCCAAGCUGUCGGCUAUGUCGUCGUUGUGGUGUUGGGCCUGGUCAUCGCUUUGGCUAACAGAAUAGCGAUGAUGGUUAUAACCAAGGUCCUCAAGAAAACGACAGGAGAAGACAACGAAAAGACGGAAAUGUUCAUGACUGCCAACCGCUCGGUCCGGACAGGUUUGACAGCGUCGGCUGUGAUUUCUUCCUGGUUAUGGACGACAGCCAUCCUGGGUGCUUCGUUUGUCGGAUAUGACUAUGGAGUAGCCGGUCCAUUUUGGUUCGCUGCCGGAUGCAGCCCCAUGAUUGUCUUCUUUGCGUUGAUCGGAAUAUCCUGCAAGAGGAAGAUACCAGACGCGCAUACCUCGCUUGAGGUAGUUCGGAUCAGAUAUGGACGGGUUGCACAUAUCGUCUUCAUGACCUUGUGUCUGAUCAACAAUAUUUUUGCUUGUGCGAACAUGCUCUUGGGCGCUUCGGCUGUGAUAUCUGCCAUAACCGGCAUGCACAUCAUCGCUGCGACGUUCCUUCUGCCUGUUGGUGUGACGGUUUAUACGUUUGUCGGGGGAAUCAAAGCGACCUUCUUGACGGACUACUUCCACACGGCCAUUAUCUUGAUCAUCGCUUGCUACUUCACGAUCAAAGCAUUUACCUUCGAAGAGGUCGGGUCAAUAGGCGGAUUGUAUGAUCUCGUCCAAGCGGCUGCGAAGCGUCAUCCGGUGUCUGGAAACCACGACGGGACUUACUUGACCAUGACUUCGAAGGGUGCCAUCCUGUUUGCGAUUCUGCAUAUCUGCUCCAACUUCGGCUUGGUUAUUAUGGACACCAGUUACUUCAUCAAGGCCUUCUCCGCCUCACCCUCCUCCGUCGUCCCCGGAUACACAAUCGGAGGGAUCGCCUACUUCGCCAUCCCCUGGGCACUCGGUACCAUCAUGAGCUCCCUCGCCCUCGGUCUCGAGAAUCGACCCGUCUUCCCAACAUAUCCACGACGCAUGACUUCCACGGAAGUAAGCAACGGCCUCGUCCUCCCCUACGCCGCCAUCGCCAUAGCCGGCAAGGGUGGCGCGGCCGCCGUUCUCCUGAUCACCUUCAUGGCCGUCACCUCGACGCUCUCCGCGCAAGUCAUCGCCGUCAGCUCCAUCCUCAGCUUCGACGUCUACCGUGAAUACAUCCACCGAUCCGCGUCAGACAGAGACAUCAUCCGCGCCAGCCACUUCGGCGUCAUCUUUUUCGCCGCAUUCUCCGCCGGCUUCAGCACAAUGCUCCACUAUGUCGGCAUUGAUCUCGGCUGGACACUGUAUAUGCUCGGCGUCGUCACCUGCCCGGGCAUCUUCCCCAUGGCAUUCACCAUCCUUUGGCGGCGCCAGAGCAAGGCCGCCGCCAUCCUGGCCCCGAUCCUGGGCAUGGCCACCGGAAUCGCAGUCUGGCUUGGCACCGCGCAGCAUUUCUAUGGCGCGGUGUCUGUCGCCACGACGGGGGAGAUUCUCCCCUGUGUGUACGGCACCGUUGCGUCGGCUUUCUCGCCCAUCCUGUACUCGGUCGUCAUCACCCUGUUUCGGUCGCAGAGGUACGACUGGGCGGACUUCAGGAAGGAGAAGUUGGGGCUCGAUAGGGUGGAUAGCGAUAGUGAUGCGACGGUGGAUGAACGGCAGGUGGAGCAUCCCGCGUCGACGACGACGACGACGUCGUUGUCUGAUCCCCGGGAGUUGAAGCGAUGGGGUCGCAUCGCGGCGUUUUGGUCCGUCGCGACGUUUCUCGGGCAUUGGGUUAUUUGGCCGUUGCCGAUGUAUGGGUCGCAGUAUGUUUUUGGGAGGGGGUUCUUCUCAGCUUGGGUGGUCGUCGGGAUCAUCUGGCUGUGGAUUACCAUGCUCGUGGCAAUCUUUUAUCCUAUCUUAGAUGGGGGCAUACAGCAGAUCACGCAGGUGUAUCGGGCGCUGCGUGGGAGGAAGGAUACUCCCUCCGUACCGUCGCCGUCCAUUACGGACGGAUCUCAUGAGGUGACGAAAGUGGAUGAGAAGAGUGGAGGAGGGAGCAACUCGGCAGGUUGGAUAUGA